AAUGUCCCAAAUCCCCAGAAUUCCUCAAUCCCAAAUUCCCCAAUCCCAAAUUGCCCAAAUCCCCCAAUCCCAAAUCCCCCCAAUCCCGAAUUUCUGUCUGUUCCCAGUCAAGGCCGACAAGAAGGCGGCGCAGGAGAAGAUGCUGCAGCAGGAGCAUGAGAGACAGGAGCGCGAGGACGAGCUGCGCGCCAUGGCCCGGAAAAUCCGCAUGAAGGAGCGAGAGCGGCGGGAGAAGGAGCGGGAGGAGUGGGAGCGUCAGUACAGCAGGCAGAGCAGGAGUCCCUCCCCAAGGCAUGGUCGGGAGUACAGCUCCUCACGGAGGUACGGCCCCAGCCCCCGGCAUUUCCCGGGGAUCCCAGAUGUGACCCAGCCCCAAUUCCUGAUCCCAGGGAUCCCAAAUUUCCUCCACUCCUGACCCCAGGGACCCCAAAUUUCCUCCACUCCUGAUCCCAGGGAUCCCAGAUGUGACCCAGCCCCAAUUCCUGACCCCAGGGAUCCCAAAUUUCCUCCUUCCUGGCCCCAGGGACCCCAAAUUUCCUCCACUCCUGA